AAUUGAUGAUGGAGAAAGAUCAGAAGAAAGAGAGCGAUAUGUACGAGCAACGUCAACACCAGCCACCAUAUAUGUCGCAGAUGCAGCCAGUGACACACGAAGCUUACGGAGGCGGACUCUACGGUAUGGACGAUGAGAAGGAGAAAGAUCCCAAGACUAUAGAGACAGAUGCAAGAAACGUAGAGAAAGAGCCUCAUCAACAUCACCGACCAGCCAGUGAGACACAGAGCGCAGAAGGGCCUGAUGAGGCAAAAACGACGAAGCCAAAGCACAAGCCACCACCUUCGUCUGGUGAUCGAGAUAUUGACGUUACUGGGCAGUCAUACAUUCAGUGAUGACUGAUGAAUCGUGAAAGAAGUUUUAUAAUAGUUCACUUUUGUGUGUUUGUAUGAUCUUUGUAGUUUCUUUGUUUCAUGGUCUUUUAUUAGUGCGAGUAAAGUUGUAAAAGACACCUACGCAUCAUAUGAUAAACCAAUAAAAAUAGAAACACUCACAAGUUG